AUGGACAAAAUCAAUGGCUCCGUCGUGGGUAAUCUGAGGAUCUCUCUGUUUGUCCCCUCUGUCCCCUCUGUCCUCUCUGUCCUCUCUGUCCCCUCUGUCCUCUCUGUCCUCUCUGUCCUCUCUGUCCUCUCUGUCCUCUCUGUCCUCUCUGUCCCCUCUGUCCUAUCUGUCCUCUCUGUCCCCUCUGUCCCCUCUGUCCCCUCUGUCCUCUCUGUCCUCUCUGUCCUCUCUGUCCUCUCUGUCCUCUCUGUCCCCUCUGUCCCCUCUGUCCCCUCUGUCCUCUCUGUCCUCUCUGCGACAGUGUGA